UUUCUUAAAUAUAUCAAGUCAAACAUGAACGAAAGAUCAAAUCUCAUACUUGUGUGCAUAUAUAUUAAAGUUUUGGCCUGAAAAAUAAAUACUAGUCCAUUCACAUAUAUACCAAAGCUUAAAAGUCAAGAGAGAGUAAUUUUAGUUAUGGAAGAAGCUUUUCUAUUGCCACAAAAGAGGGAAAGUUUGAGGACAACAACAUGGGAUUCCUUGUUGGAAGCAAUGAAGAAGGUGUGCUACAUAGCCAUACCAAUGAUAGUGGUCAAUGUUUCACAACACCUAAUAAGAGUUUUAUCAAUGAUGAUGCUUGGCCAUUUAAGUGAACUUUCACUCUCUGGAGCUUCUAUUGCUACCUCUCUCACCAAUGUUACUGGAUUUAGUCUCCUUUUAGGAAUGGCCAGUGGCUUAGAAACACUUUGUGGACAAGCAUAUGGAGCUGAACAAUACAAGAAAUUAGGCAUUUACACUACUGGAGCUAUCAUAUCUCUCCUUUUGGUUUGCAUACCAAUAUCUAUACUAUGGUUAUUUAUGGACAAAAUUCUUAUUUUCAUGCAUCAAGAUCCUUUGAUUUCUAUAGAAGCAGGAAAAUAUUCAAUCUGGCUAUUAAUUUCACUCUUCCCUUUCGCGAUUUUGCAAGCGCUCACACGUUACUUGCAAACUCAGAGCUUGAUACUCCCUAUGGUUGUUAGCUCUAUUGCAACACUAUGUUUUCAUGUGCCAAUUUGUUGGUUAUGUGUGUUCACCUUGGAUUUUGGAAGUGUUGGAGCUGCAUUUGCAAUUGGUUUGUCAUAUUGGUUCAAUUUGUUGCUUCUUGGAUUGUAUGUGAAGUACUCUAAAUCAUGUGAAAAGACUAGACUCUAUUUCUCAAAAGAAGAAGUUCUUGCUAGCAUAAGAGAAUUCUUCCCUUUGGCUAUUCCUUCUGCUUGCAUGGUUUGUCUUGAAUGGUGGACGUUUGAGAUAGUGAUAUUGCUAGCUGGCGUGUUGCCAAAUCCUCAGCUUGAGACUUCUGUGCUUUCCAUAUGCCUACUUAUUGCUUCCACUCAUUACUUCUUACCAUUUUCCCUUGGUGCUGGAGCAAGCACGAGGGUGUCUAAUGAACUAGGAGCAGGAAAUCACGAGGCAGCUAAAAUGGCAGUUAGGGCUGCACUUACAAUUUCAAUAGCAGAUGCAAUAAUUUCUGGGAGUAUAUUUUAUUGUUGCCGUCAUAUAGUGGGAUAUGCAUUUAGUAAUGAAAAAGAAGUUGCUGAUUAUAUAAGUAAAAUGGCUCCUUUUCUUUGCAUCUUGAUGGUAUCUGACUGCAUACAAGGGGUGCUUUCUGGAGUUGCAAGAGGAAGUGGAUGGCAACAUUUGGGAGCAUAUGUAAAUCUUGGGUCAUUUUAUUUGGCUGGAAUUCCAACAGCCAUAAUAUGUGGUUUCCUGUUUCAUUUACAAGGGAAGGGACUUUGGAUUGGACUCAAUGUGGGAAAUGUACUCCAGUCUCUUCUACUUUCCCUCAUAACAAGUUUUACUGAUUGGGAAAAACAGGCAUCAAUAGCUAGGGAAAGAAUCUUUUAUUGAAGAGAAGUAUUGGAAAAAGGAAAACAAAUUGGUUAUUUAAUUUUGACAUUAUACCACUUCAAUUUUUCUUGGCAAAAAUAUGCUAUUUGUAGUAAAAUGUUGACUAAUUAUUGUUCAAUUUCAAGAGGCUAAAAUGCAAACAAAGAGUUGAAAAUUUUUUUUAAGGUUUUUUU